AUGCAACAGACAGCACGAAAAAAUGAAUGGCCAUUAGAUCGUAUGGUACUUCAAUGUGAUGUAACUAAAAAGACAAAAGAUGAAAUGACUGCACCGCCAAGAGAAGGUGCAUAUAUCCACGGUCUUUACAUGGAAGGCGCUAGAUGGGAUAUACAAACUAAUAUGAUGGCUGAAGCUAGAUUAAAAGAAUUAGCCCCAAGUCUACCAGUUAUCUUUUUAAAGGCUAUUCCAGUCGACAGACAAGAUCUACGCAACACUUACGCCUGUCCUGUGUACAAAACAAAACAACGCGGUCCUACUUAUGUGUGGACAUUUAAUAUGAAAACUAAAGAGAAGCCAUCACGUUGGAUUAUGGGAGGGGUUGCCUUAUUACUACAGGUCUAG